ACACAGCUGAGGGAAUAGGAAGUAGUAAGUCUGCUCAGUCAGUGCUGACCGUGCUGACAUCUUGUGGGUGAGGAUAUAAUCUAGCAGUUUGCGCGGUACAAUUUAGGGAAGUGAAAUUGGUAAUAACCAAGUCCCUAAUUUCAAGCUUGUGUUAGAUAAAAUUGGUUAUUUAAUGUAAAUUUGGAUUGUUGCAGUUUGCCCAUCAUGGUGGCAGGUGUUUCUGUGGAGCUGAACUCAUCUGAAGAUGAGGGUGUUGUCGUAAAGAGGCGGUCUUUAAGGCAAAAGAUUAUGGUGGAGAGUGAUGAUGAGGCAGCCACAGAUGCAGAUAUUCUAAAGAUGUGCAACUCCAUUAGCAGCACUGAACUUGAUAAAGAACCAUCCAGAGAUGAUCUCAGAAGUGAUUCAAGAGAUCUCAUGGAGGAGGCAGUGCAUGGUGAAGUAGACACCAAGAAGAAAAAGAAAAAAUGGAAAAUUUUGCUUGACAGCGAUUGCAGCUUGGAUGAAGAGACUCCCAGUGGUCUUUUGUCUGUGGCAAAGAAUGCAGAGGGAUCAGAUGAUGAGUCCCCUGGAGACAGUAUGGGGCAUGGUCCUCUGUUGCACUUCAGUCUUUUGAAAGAGGGUGACUUGUAUGAUGCAGAUGGGUCUGAGGAUGAGGCAGCCCCCAAACAGAAGUCCACUGGAAAGUCCAAACCCAAGGGCAGAUCUCUGUCUGAGAGGAAGACCAAGUCAAAAGCAGUACAGCAGAUCCACAGUGAGACGCAGCGCUUGGUGCGGGAGUCACGUGUGUCUCUACCCUAUCACAAACCUCGCCAGCGCAGUCUUACAGAAUUCCUACAGCGUCGCAAUGCUUCAACUCCGAGUGCUAUGUCACUUAAGGUGUCUACAAAAGAUCUUGGCCAAGUCUGGAAGAAGCUUGAAGAGAGGGAGAGAGAUGCCAAGGAGUUCUAUAAGUCCGAUUCGGAUGACAGUGAUGACACUGUAUAUUUAAAUGGACCCAGUAUUAAUGGCAGUUGUGAUGCUGACAUGUGCUGCAGUGUUCCUCCCACUGUACACAACAAUACUCCUGUUAGUGAUGCCAGUAUUCCCAACAGAGAUAUGAACAUUUGUGAUAGUGAAAUAUGUGUUGCUGAUAUUAGUGGAACUACGGAAGUUGGUAUCAGGGCUAGUAACCAUGAAAUGACAAUUCCUGACAGCCACACGAAAGUUGGUAUACCUGGCAGAAGUGCAAGUAUAUGCACCGAAGAAAGUGAUGCUGACGUCCGUGUUCCCUGCAGUGAGACGAAGAGUCUCUCCAGCAUACUGAUAGCAAAUGAUAACUACAAGUUAGAGUCAGAACAGAGUCUUAUGGCAGAGGAUAGCUUUGACUUGUGUCUGCAUUACAGUGAGUCGCAGGAUGUCACUCAGUCUGCUCCGCAUGAUGAGAGCAAUGCCAUGGAAGCGGGAAACACAGAGGAGUUGACUCUUCACUACUCAGAAACACAGGACAGUGAACCUUCAGAAGAGCUGCAAAAGCAGAAGACGACUGCUUGGCAGGAGAAUAUGCCACUUCCCUCUCCACACAGUGAAGGUGUUGAUGACACUGCAAAAGCAAUACUGCAAAGUCUAGCUCGGAGAAGUCUGCCUGGGAUGGGUGACAUCACAAAGCUGCAGCCACGGCUCAGCGCAGCUCCCAAUGGCGUCAUAGAACUGGACGAAGAGGAGCCUGGUCCUGCAGGAGUGGUGAAACUGGUGCAGCGCUUUAUGAAGCACUCUGCGGUGAAGCGGCCUCUACAGAAGAAACACACUGUUGAAGUAGGAGUGAUCAGUGCUGAGAAGGACAUGGAUGGCUUGGCAGAGGUGCACAAAGAAGUGGUGAAGGUUGUACUGGGGACAGAGGAGCCUGAGGAUGACCCUGCAAUGGCCAAGCCUGGGGAAAAACUUCAGCAACUGAAGGAGCAGCUCCAGCAGCAGAUAGCACAGCGCAGGGCAGAGGAGUGGGGGAGGCGUCUACGUGAGCAGCAACUUGACAAUGAGGAGGAAGAACACUUGUCGAAGUGUGAGGAUGUGCAGGAUGAACUGCAGGUGCAGCUGACAGAUGCAGAGACAGAGAGUGAGGAAGAGGAAGAGGAAGACAUAGUGCUUAAGGAGAAGAAAAGGGUGAAAAAUGCUUUCUUGGAUGAUGAGGCAGAGGUAUCUGAUGAUGAUGAUGAUGAUGAUAAUGAUGAUGGUGAUGAGGACGAUGAAGAGGAUGUGGCACAUGGCAAGCCUCAGAGAACUGAUCCAAGGGAGAAGAGCACAUCCAGAGAGCGUGAGACAGAUGUGCCUGGUGAUGGCAGUGAAGGAGAUGAGACAUCAUCAGCUGCAGGCAUGGAGAUGGAGCUGACUGCCUCACCAAUGAAGACAAAACUGGAAAGAGCCAAAACGUUUGACAUGUUUGUAUCUCAGGGGGAUGACAGAGACUCAGAUCUGGAGAUGAUCCUGCCAUACCAGCCCCCUGGAGUGGUGAGAAGACAGGUCACGCCAAUUAUGGACCGCAGAAGACACAUUCUGGACCUUAUCUCGCCUGUUUCCAACCUGACGUCACUUAAAGACUCACCAUCCACACAGUCCGAGGUACUCAGCAGCAUGCCUGCUUGUGUGCCCAAGAAACUGUUUGAUGAGCUUCAACCAACAAGCACGCAGGACAUCGUGGAGGAGCUGAUGGGACUCUGUUCUGGCCAGUUCACAGGAGACAUGGAUCCUAAGCUGGAGAGAAGUCAAACAGGCCUGGAGGAUGAGCUGUUAGGUCUGUGCUCAGGGAAGUUCGUUUCUCAGCCCGUGAACCUGCGCAGCCUUGAGCAGGAUGAAGCACAGUCUCAGCCCAUUGAGAGCCCACUGAAGUGUGGACUGAAGUUGCCGUCUACAGACGAUGAAGAAGAGGAACUGGUGCAGACAAAAGCUCAUAAGAAGCACAACAAAUUGUAUUUCUCAGAUGAGUCAGAUGUCGAGAGUGAUACGACAUCUGAGGCGCCAGAUGUCAGCAAAGCUAACUUUGUGGAGUAUGACUCAGAGGAGAAUGAGGUGGAUACCUCCAAGCUGCAGGGACAAGCAGUGGCAGAGUUCUUUGAGGAUGAAGCUGAGCUGUCAGAAUCAGAGUGGGAGAGCGCUGAUGAAGAUGAGCAGGGACUAGACACUCUGGAGUCUGAGGAAGGAGAUGCUGAGAAACUGGACCAACGCAAAGUGAAGGAGCAGCUUGACAAAAUAUACAUGCGCCGCCUACUGGAUGAAGACCGUCGAGAGGUGCGUUUUCUGCAGGAGAUGUUGCUGGAGGAUGGUGAGCUGCACUCUGAAGGUGGUGGACGUGAACGCAAGUUCCACUGGAGGAACAUCAAUAACACAGAUGACAGGGACCUGCCCCGUCAGGAUUCUGACAAUGAGGGUUUGGAGGAAGUUGAGAUGGAAGAUGAGGAGCUAUGGCGCCGUAUGAGAUAUGAGCGUGAGAUAUUCCUUCAACAGCAGAAGAUGAAGUCAAGUUCACAGGCAGAUGAUAUACUGGAUGAUGAUUCAGACAGUCAACUGCUCAAACUAGGGUGGGCUGCCCUCAAGAAAGCCAAUUCACAGGACCCAGCAGAACAAACACCAUCCAUCAGACGGACCAUGUCGGACCCUGUGGUGUCACCUGACCCCAAGCGUGCAUUCCAGCUGGUGACACAGCGUGGGUCCUUCCUGGCUCGAAGUAGGAAUGCAUUAGCAAGAAUCGCAGAAUUGACCCGAAGCUCCACAGGUGGUCCUGUUGUGGGGCCCAAAAACUCCCGUAACUUUGUGUUUGCAACCCUGAGUCCAGAGAAAGUUGAGGAGUGUAGUGCUGAUGCUGUGCCUUUACAGAUGAAGAAGCGGAAGGAGGACCUGGGUGUGACUCCACCUAUUGUGAAGAGACUGCGCAUCUCAGAUGAGAAUGUACGAGGACGUAGACUACUGGACCUUCUCACCUGAGGUGGAUGUGCAUUGGACACUCUGUACAUAAUGUGUUGUUGUUGGUAUAUUUCUACAUAGAUGGUUUAUUUGACAUAUGGGUAAUGAUGCCAUUCCAUGGCCACUGGCACAGUUUUGCCAUCAUAUUCACAUCUACAGCUCUCCAUGUAAUUCAUAUUUCUUGGUGAGAAACGAGCUAUACGUAAAUUCACUUUUGAGGUGGAAGGCAGCAUUGCAUUGUGUCUGCAAAUUAUUGAUGGUAGGGAAAUUUAAUUUUGAUGUGUUUCCCAACAUGACUGGUUUGUUCAUAGCAGUAUUUUAUGGGUACCAGUGAGGCUGAUGUGCAUGUUUACAUUGGUUGUCUGAACCCAAUUCAUAUUCAGUUUUAAUUUUAUCUGGCCAUCUUUUCUUUCCCAGAGGGUUUCCCACUGAAAUUCAAUGUAGUCUCAAAUAUUCAGUUCUUAGUGACCUCAUGGUUGAAAUGUUUUAGCAGUACGUACAAAUGAACAAAUGUCCUCUUUGUGUAAUUAUUUCCACUUCUCACUUUAUAUCCUAUAUCAAAAUGUUUUUGCUGUGUUUUUAGAAAUGGACAUUUUUGGACUACACAAUAAAUCCUUUUUUAGAUGAUUUCUAUAGCUGUUUUUAUGUCAUAGUUUUUCAGAUGUUUUGUGUCAAGAAAUGUUUAUGUACUUGGCACGUUUGUUUCAGUGCACUGCCUUAAGCCAGGAAGUAAUACUGAAAAUGGGAACAGGGGAUGAUGUAUGUUGAUGCCUAGUUUCCUUCCUCACAUCCUGCCAACUACAGAAAUCACUGUUGCUGCAAGUCAAAUCAUGUUGCUGUCCACCAACCUAAAUAAUGCAAAAUGUAAUAAAAGUUUGCAGUGAAUUUUUAUGUAGUUCUUAAUUUUAAAGAUUCUGUGUUUUAAUACAUUUCUUGUGGUUUUGCCUACAGGUUUAAGGGAAUGGGUGACUUAAUAUUCAGCAAGUAAACCCUGGAAAUUAUAAUCUCAUCACUCUUUGUGAUGCAUGUUCCUGCAAGUCUUGUGGGGGCCCAGGAGGGGGAGCUGAUGUCCAUAUUAGGAUACCAGCCCUAUGACUAACCUGAUGUUAUUCUUGUGGGAAGACUGAACCAUGAUAUUGCUGCUGUGCUGGGGAAACAAGGCAAAUAUGGGGCACUGUGGACAAGUUGAGGCUUCAGACAGAAUGUUACUCUCCCAGUACAGCUGGAGAGCAUGAUUUAAGGAUUCAGAAAGUUAUUCUGGAAAGUGAACAUGGUAACAGGACACAGCAUUUGCCAAAUUCCACAAAUGAAGGAAACUGAAUGGUAAACAUAUUCUUGUUUCCAUCUGCAGCUACAUGUCACUGUGCCAUGAUGACCACAUUCAGAUUUUCAGUUACAUUCUCAGCCCCCUUGUUUCACUUUGGCUCCACAAACUUGACAGCACUGAUUCAGUACCAAUCAACGUGUUACAGAUAUCUAAUGGGGAAAUGGAUAUGUGCAGGCAAUAGAAGGACUGACUUAUACAGAUGCAGUGUUGACUUAUGUAGCUGCAGGAAGUAAAUUCUUUGGUAGACUGUCCAACAGUAUGAAAUAGCCACUUCUUUAAAACAGCUCUUCACAUACGAUCAGAGAGAUAUGUAAAUGUAAAACGGUAUAACUAUCCCCAUCCUUAAUUAAUUAGGCAUCAUGCCAUGAAGGCAUGAGGGAAUGCAGGUAUAGCUCAUGAGAAUUUUCUAGUUCACAAAAGUAUAGCAGUUAUCUUCCAUCUCACUGCCUUGAAAUUAAAGGUUAAUGUUGACAGACAAAUGCUAUACCAUUCAUAACCUCAGAACUGCAAGGAGGUGAGUGGUCAGCUUCAUGCUUCAGCUGCAUUAUCCCUACAGAAGGAGCCCCCAGUAACCAUUGGCUAUGGGUCUGGGUGGGCCUCUGAGCUGGUCUGGACUCUAUGGGGCAGAGAAAAAUGUCUUGCCCCUUCCAGGAAUUGAACCCAGGCUGUCCAGCCCAUUGCUAUAUCAACUGAGUUAUCAUAGCUCUGUUCAGAAAGGUAAUUUUACAGAUACUGAAUUUGAAGUAAAUGUGGAGAGAAUUUGUUCAUUAAGAUUAACCCCCUCCUUUUUUUUUAAUAAUGGGACA